UUUCCUGUUAUUGUCACUGGGGCAGCGGAGUGGGGGACGGUUGCGGAGAGAGUGGGCGGCGUGCGAGGCAUGGAGUGCCGCGGCUCGCCAUGACCACCGCAGAGUUGGGUUGUCGCGGCAGAGGUCGGUCAGUGUUGUCGCGGACUUCAGUGAGCGUUGUCAUGGCGAGGACUAGUCUCCCUCCGUUGUGGAUGUUUGGAGGUCACCUUUACCAGGCCUGACCUCGCGUGGUCGACGUGGGUAAUAAUUUGUAGCGCAUCCCAACACGCCAGAGAAAGGCUGUCAGUGGGGAACCCCGGCUGUCGUCCAAGUUGGCUUAAAGUUUCGUUGAUUAAAGGAACCACUUACACCGCUGGGCAAAGAAUGUUGGCGGAAGGGAGGAAGAUGUGGUGUCUACAUUAGUGACUCGGCUAACUAUUGUGAUAUUGCGUGAAAUUGGUGUUGAAAAGGAUUUGUAAUUUAUAAAGGGAAUGAUGACCAGGAGCAUGAGGCCAGCAGGUGUGACAGAUUUCAGGGGGGAGGUGAGCCGUGCGUGUGUGUGUGUGCGCCGGCGGCACUAGUCCUGGGCCCGGCCUGACUGACGGUGGUGGCGCCUCACCUCAUCACCACCACCACCACCACUUCCACCACCACACCAUCACCUACCCUCUUGUCAUUCCCUCACACCUCCACCACCACCACCACCACAAUCCCACCGACCCUGCCGUCACCACCACCACUACCACCACCACCAGUAUUCUCUAUUGUCAUCUCCAUUACGUCUCACCACCACCACCACCACCAUCGUCACCACCACUACAACCACCGCCAUCACCAUACCACCGCCAUCACCACCACAGUCUCACCACCAUUGUUUGUCCUUAUGAAUCCCUGAGGGUCAUUGUUACUGUCCCCUGCCACUCCUCACCACACCUCACCACACCUCACCACACCUGUCCUUUGCACUCACCAUAACCGCCAUCGUCACCACAUGUAGGUAUCACUCUGCACCAUAAUUCACUGCCACUUAGAACACAGGCGGACUUUCACUGUCACACUCUCACCAAUCAUUACCACCACCACCACCACCACCACUAUCCUUCAUCAAGCUCACCAUCGUUAAAAUUGCCGCCAUCGUAGUCAUCGUCACCACCCUGGCUACUUAGAAAAGCUACCUACAGCAUCACCUGUCAUCACCCUCCUUUUACUACUUUCACCUUCAUCACCACCACUCCCAUACCUCUUCAUAAACGCGUCAUUAUAUAAAAAACUUUCACCAUCACCACCACCACCACCACUACAAGCACCAUCAUCAACAAAAACAGCAGCAGCAACGAUAACUAUCACCACUACAUCCAUUACCACCACCACCAUCACCACCACUAUCACCACUACUAUCAUCAUUGUCAUCGGUAACUAACAAACGUGGAUCACUUUUUACUGCUACCUAACAACCAUCGUCACUCCGCCACUGCCAUCACAACCAACAUUAGAUAAACAACCUCCCCCGCCCGCCCAUCCCGCCCACCCUCCGCCUUUCCCUGCCCUCCCCCGCCCGCCACCGUCAGCGUGCCGCCCACUCGUCUCCCCGACAUGGCUCAGCUGGAAAUACCGUCCAUCGUGGUCCACAACGGCUCGGCCAGCGCCCCGGGGAGCCCAGGCAUGGAGCGACCGAUGCGGCCCCUCCGUCACCACCCCACCCUCUCCAAGCAGGUGUCUCUGUUGGACGACGAAUGUGAUGAGGGUGUGGAGGAUGGGGGGGACAUGCUGCCUGACAGCCCACCCAACCAACCACACUCCCACACCCCACCCCCUACGCCACCAGGAGGCCGGGGGAUCUCUCCACCUUCCCCUUCUGCCUCCUUCACUCACCACCACAACGGUUCCCCACACGGGCCCGGGCCUGGCGGAGGUGGUGGUGGUGGGGGAAUGAACUGUAGUCAUGGCGGGUCCAAUCACUGCGGCCCCGGACAUGGAUCGGGGCAGGGCCAUGGAGCUCAAGGACCAGGACGCUCAAAGUCCUUGGAGCUCCACCACCAACGUUCCACAGACUCAGAUAAAGAAGUCCCUCUGGUCACCUCAGCCAGGCACAGGCACCACGGUGAGAAGCCCAAGCGGCUGCAGCGGAGCCAUGCCAUGAGGGAAGACUCAUCACCCCCACCUGAGCUGCUGGAAGGGCCGCCAACAUCUUCCCACCCUUGCACUAGCUCAGGCGGAGGCAACACCCUUACCGUCACUGCCAGCGGAGGAAACCGAAGGCGCAUCAAGCAUCAAGGCUCCUCCCAGGGCUCCUUUGAUGGCUCCUCACCAUGUCUGUCAAGAGACUCCUCUAUGGAAUACACAGACAGCAGUGGUGUGGACUUGCAGCAGUUCAUCAUCCAGACGUUACACAAGAACCAAAAAGACAGAAUGAUGCUCUUGAAAAUUGAGCAUGAAUUAGUCAGUCUAGUGAAGGAUUCAAAACGGACACACCACAAGUUCCCGCCCAUGUCCUCCUACCAGCGCAUGCUUGUGCAUCGUUGUGCUGCCUUCUUUGGCCUGGAGCACAAUGUGGACCAGGCUGGCACUGCAGUCAUUGUCAAUCGCACACGCAACACCCGCCUUCCUGAGACCCGAUUCCGGGACCACUGCCGAGAUGACCUACUGGUGCCAGAUGAGCCCAAGAGAUCCAUUCUCAAGCGAGACUCUUCCUCUUUUGAUGAUGGCUCCAAUUAUAAGUCCCUAGAUAGACAAUUCAGCUCAGAGUCCAGGAGGAGCAAGAGUUUCGAGGAGCGGGAAGAAGAGUAUGAGAAAGUAAGGAAGAGAAUAUUCAGUCAGGAGUCCCUGUCCUCUGCUGAUGGUCUGGGUGAUUCCCCUGUAAGGAGUCAUGACUCUCGCCGGAAUUCUCAGGAUGACUCACGUUGGCAUGAGACGCGCCACUGGACCUUCAUGGACUCUGAAACAUCACAUCGAAAGCACCACCAUGACAAUCAUAAGCUGAGACCAGGAAGAUUGCCUAAAGUAGAGUCGUUUGAGAGCCGAGACACCCUUCACCCCAGAUCUCUGCGGCCGCCUGUAUUCAAGUCUCACAGCUUUGGUGGCUACAGUGGUGGUGUGACUGUACUACCACGCGGAGAUUCCGUAUCCAGCAACAUCUCCUCCAGAUUAAGUAAACAAGACUCCACCAGCAGCAGAAUAAGUGACCAGAGUAUGAGUUCAGGCUAUAAGUCCCAAAGACAAGACACCAGCUCGACCAAUGUGUCUAACACCCUUUCCACUACUCCCUCCCCUACCACCAGUCAGCACCAACACUCUGCUCCAGGCCAGGUUUGGGGAGGUGAGGGAGACAGUCAAGCAGUGAUGUGGGCAGUGACAGACAUGGAAGCAGUACCUCCUGGGGCAAUGCUGAUCAAUCCCCAGAGUGGCCAGCCAUACAUGAACUCUGAUGGAUCAGUUUAUCGCUUUGAUCCCAAUAACCCACCUCAGCUGAGCCCCGGGGUCAGCAGCAGUAGCUCAGGUGUCACACCAUCCCAGGAAAAAGAAUCCGUCUCUGACAAGGAAACCUCAAGCCAGCCCUCAGGUACUUCCAGUGGAAGCCUCACCACCUGUGUGACUCAGGUACCUGCUGUGUCUCCAACUACAUCCCAUGAUCUUCCCCCGUCUGCCUCUACCACCCUUCGCAGCCCACCAAGCAAACAACUCAGUCUACAGCACUCUUCUCCUGAGCCUGUGCAAAGUGUUGUGAGUGGUAGUGUGUCAAGUGGGGAGGUGAGGGAGCCUGAGGUGACAGCUUCUUCUGGAGGUGGUGGGGGUGAGGGGCCAUCUCAGCAUACACCCCAAGUGAUAUACCCACAGUACUACCCACUUGAGACCAGGUCAUACUCUCAGGAGGGCCAUGUAAGCGAGGUGGCCAGCCACAUGAGAGCCCUUUGCUUAAGUGGACCCAGUGGAAAUGAGGCAGCAGGAGACUUGGUUGCAGGUCAGGUGACUGCUGCACCUGCUCCUGGUCCUGGUCCUCAGAGCUAUGUGGUGCCCAGACAACAUUAUACACAGCCCGUGUACUACAUGCCAGCAGGGAGUGUAGGCAAUCUGAAUGGCUCCCUCAAAUAUGUGUACCCUCAGUAUCAGAUGGCUCCAGUACAGCCUCCUGCAGGUGUACAGGGCCCAACAGGGGUACAGCCAACUGGAAUGCAGCAAGUACAGGGGAUACCUGCAGUGCCAGCUGUGCCUCCUCUGACUGGGGGUGUGCCAGCAGCCCCUGGACCUCCUACUGCUCAUCACCCCUCCAUGGAGCACAACCCAGCUCUCCCACCAGGUGGUGGCUACCUUCCAGGGGGCUAUACUGUGGUCACCUACCCUGCCGCUGGAAGCGUAAGUGGGACAGGCAGUGGGCAAGAGGCCGGGGGCACCACAUACUACUACCAGCUGCCUUCAGCACCGACAGGAUCUGGCCUUAGUGCUCCUCUCCCUCCAGGACAGCCAGUACCCACCAGUCUCCAUCAGUACACCAUCACACCCUCUACCACAACCACCACCUUUCCACAGAUGGGGAGCAGCUUAGGUUACUACACAGCAAGUGGCUUACCAGGUGGGGGAGUGUACCAGGCAGUGGGUGGCAUGCAGGGUGUGUCUGGAGGAAUGUACAGCUCCCCACCUGGCCCUGCCCCAACUGGCCAUGCUACAGCUGUGUCCUACAGAGCACCAACUCCUCCACAGACUCCCAGUACUCAGAACACAGCAUCUACUCUGCCCACACUUCACUCACCUGAGACAGUGAGGCCUCUGGGACAGUCUGAUGCUUGUUGCCAGUUUCUUGGAGGCUGUAUAGUUCCAAUGGGCAACCAAGGCAUGAGUUUAAGCCUGGGGUAUGUGAGUGGCGGCGGUGGGGGGGCUGGGGUACCGCCAGCGGGAGGGCAAUAUAUGGCUAUGGUCCCCCCCCAGCAGCCCCCCACUCCCACAUCCCACGCCCCUCCCCCCCAGCUCUUCACCACCUUCUUUAGGCCUUCUGUCCAGAUGAUGGGAGGGUCAGCAGGCACCCUCCCCCAGAGUGUACUGCAGUAUGGAGGAGGACCUGUGCCACCCUCAGGACCUCCAGGGACUGUGACCCCACACCCUCCAGUGUUUGCAAAGCCCUACAUGGGGCCAGCCAUGCACACCAUGAUGCCUGGAGCCAUGCCAGAGCAGGCAGGGGUGGGAAAGGAGGACAAGAGGCUGAUGGCUAUGACCCAAGGGGUGGGAGGGGCUCCUGGUGGCCCUGCUGCCCAGCUCCUGGCCAGACCAUACUCCAUCAUGCAAAGUGAUAUGCGGAUAUUUGGGGGGACAAGCGGGCUUCCCAAUACAGGUGGGAUGAGUGGUGGGAGCCUGGCAGGUGGCGGGGCUCCAGGCCCCCUGCGGGCUGGGCCCCUCCUGCUGGCUGGGACACGACCCAGACACCCCAAUGCCUUCACUCCCACCCCACUUGCCCCCCUCAGUCUAGCAAGACCGCCCAAAGUGCGCAGACAGCGGUCACGAACUUCUUAUACUCGUAACUCGGACGUUAUGACACCUCAAAUGUCAGUGGAAGGCCAAGAGUCGAAUGAAUGAAAUUGUUUUCCUGCUUUCAAGCAGUUAUCUCCAACCAAGCUUUUACAGUGGGAUUGAUAAAAUAAUUAAGUUAAAGUAUGUGAUCCUAUCACAAAAUUUAAGAUGGAUUUCCUAUGUAGGUGCUGCAGUGAGGGUUAGUGACAGCCUUAUGUAGUGUGAGUUGUGUUAUAAUAUUCAGCCACCAGCCAGUGGGCAGCUGUGGUGUACUAGCAGACUUGUGCAUCUGCUACGUGUGAUGGGUAUGAUCCUCUAACACCUGCAUAAUAUCUACAAAACCUGUGGUCUUAUAAUGUAAUUUAUUAUAGUGUUUGCUGAUGUAGUUUUUUUUUCAAAAAAUUAAUAAACAUAGAUUACAGGAAAUGUAUCAGUGACAACACGAAUGCAAGAAAUAUAUGAAGCAACUUGAGAAUACUUGUAUAUUAAAAAUAACGUAAUGAUAAUAAGUUCAGAGCUGUGCAUAUAAUUUGCUGUGUGCUAGGAGUGGAAAAUCUAUGACUAGUUUUGUUUAUGAUGUUUGUUAAGUGGCCAUUGAAUGAAUCUGAGAGUGAAGGAUACUUGAUGACAUCAGUAACUAACAACAUUGGUACAUACAUCCUUCCACCCUUACCACUACUACCUCCAUCUCCACCAAGGGUACCUCACCUCCCUCCCCACAGUUGUGCAUUUCUGUUGCCUCUCAUCUACUUGCUGUACAUAAAAUGUUGUUACGUUAUGUUUCGCUAACAGUCAACAAAGCUGUGAAGAGAUAUUUAAGGCUGUUAAUGAUAUUUUAUCAUUUUACUUUGAAGGGGAUCAGUUAUCAUAAGGAUGUCCUUUGAGAACUUAUGACAGUUGUAACCCAGGAGAGGGAGUUGGUAAUGUGUUAUUAAUGGUAGAACUUUUAACAAUUUUCUGACUUUUGCACAAUAUUAUUAUUAUAUAUGGGAGUGUCUGGUGAAUUGGAGUCAUGAACAGUGAAAGUUGGGAAGCUGGAAGUCAUCAGAACUGAGUAUAAUUGUAUAGUAAACAUGAGACAUCUUUCAUUGCCAUAUAAAUUGUUUGGCAUCAGUUCAGAAUACUGUAUUACUGUGUUAAAGAAAACAGUUGAAAUUAAACAGGUUAUGUUGUGAUAAUCAUCUGAUAAAUAAAUACGUACAAUUAAAUUUGCUGGAAUGUUGGUAAUUAAGAGUCAGACUAAUGAACACAUGCAAUUGUUUUAACCUAUUUUGAAUUACUAAAUUCCUCUGCUCUUUGAUUAGUAUUGGAACCAUAUCCAGGAAUAUGAGUGUAUACAGGUUUCAGUCAGUUGCAGCUGUAAUUCGUUGGUAAAUAUAUAAAUUUGUCACUUAU